AUGGUGUUCGCGAGCUGCAGCAGUGCCUCAUAUCUGCUGCCGCUGGACAACGACCAGAGCGUGGCGUUCUACAAGAACGAGAACCGACACUUUCCGACCGCGCUCGCACCCUCGGCAGGUGGAAUGCCUCCCCCACCCGGAAGAAGCAGCAUUUCCGGCUCCACCAGCAGCAUGAGCACGACCGACAUGCUGACGGCGGCGUACCACCACGAGAUGCAGCAGCAGCAUCGUGCGCACGGGGGCGACGGCGAUGCCGCCAGCGGAGGAAGCCUCACCACGGGUGAUUGCCCUUUCGGGCGAGUUCAAUCACCAGCAAGGUCUCAUUACCAGCAGUAUCAGCAACUACCGACGAACAAUUCGGUCCGUCGACCCGGAGAUAUUCUCAUGUGCAGGGACUUUCGUCCGGUCGGUUAUCUGAACGGCUCAUCCAACGGUUACUAUGGAUACGUUCCUGCGCUAGUCCGCCUGGCCAGGGAGGGUGGAGGCGCAGGUGUUCCACAGGGCAAUAAUAAUCAUCCCCUAAGAUCAGCGGUCUUCGCCAGCAACGGUCGCUCCCCAGCAACCGAAGUCGACAACCGACCAAGUGUCAACGGUCACCUGUCGUCGACGCAUUUCCAUGGCAACGGCGAACAUCAUCAGCACAUCGAUGGUUCUAACGACAGUGAGCAAAACAAUAACAACGGCGGUAUUGGCACGUUUCAUGUAACCCCAUUCCCGAAGAGUCCACUAGAGCGCAAGCGAAAGGACGACAACUUGCAACCGGACGAUGAGGAGAUGGACACAACCGGCCACAAUUCGGUAGCCAUCGGGUAUCAGCAACCGAAGCGACAGAAAAUGUGCGAUACGGCGGAACAAACCGGCAUGGCGUUUACGUCGGUUCCGAUGAACGCACCGUUCCCUGGCAACAGUACUGAAGCAGCGGCUCCAUACCAGCUACACGCGAGCGAACCGGCGGUCGACGAGAUGGAAUGCCAGGAUCAACAGCCACAACCCGCGGUCGCUUCCCAUCAUCAUCUUCCCGGUGCUAAUGGAUUUAACGGACCCGACGUUCCUCAUUCCUCCGCGAUGGCCGGACAGGCCACUGGCAAGAGUAAAUAUUCCGACUCGAAUCGCUGCAUGAUGUCGCACAUGGUCUAGGGCUGUAAUGACCGACGAGAGGGAGAGAGAAAUAGAGAGACGCACGGGACGGACCGACGGAUGAUCUCAUGCACCGAGCGUACUGUAGAGGGUUUUGCGAACGUUUCGACGAUCGAAAGGAUGAACCGGAGGCAGAAGACAUGUUAAUCAGUUGACGUUGACCAUACGUAUAUAUAUCCCACCCUUCUUGUUGGCGUUACUCACCAUUCGUGCUAGGUUGGGACGUGAAUUAACCCUGAAAGUACUUCUUUUGAAUCUUUUGAACGUGCCUUUAACUAUUUAGUUCCGCGAUACUAACACCACACCCACUUCUAAGCCUCAGUUUGCUUCAUUCAGUUAUCUCUGGUUCUUUUCUUUCUCUUUUGUUCUUCCAAACAUUAUCACUUACCUUCUAAAAAAACUUCCGGGCACUCCUGUAUCCACUUUCCUGUACACAAACACACAUCAUCCUACGGCGCAACGUUAAGUUCAGUGGAGGGACGAUUUUUCUAGCACCGUGGAGCAUCAUCCCACCACGAAAGAGCAUCCCUCCGAACAUCUGUACCCCAUUUGCCUGGUGCGGCGAAGCCCGACGGACGAGUGUGGCCGGGCGGGCCACUUUUACGAGCAAGAUCUGUUCCACAGCCUCCACGGCAGCGGUGGAGGUUUCCAUUAAACCUGGCGCGGGAUGCUGCGCUGUACGAAAGUGACCUUAUUCCUGCGGACACACCUCCUACGGAGCGGUUUGGAGAUGGCCUGUGGAGCGCACAAAGGCAAUCUAAACGGACGGGGACCUAUCGGACACAUAUCGCUCGGCUUUCAAUCGGCGUGGUCUCACCCGCAAAACGCUCAUCUUUUGCUCUAACUACGAUGUACCUACGCGAGCAGACAGCUCGCGAAUUCGUCGCGCCUUUAUAUUUUACAUUAGACUACUGAAAGUCACUCCCUAGGAUGUAACGGUUGCAAACACCAACACACAUACACACACGACGGAAGUGUACUUAAUUAGCUAGUAAGGAUACCAUCGAUCAAGGAUUCGAUCGAACAGCGUUGUUACUAACCGCUGGCGCAACGAGCGCUUUAUUAAUCCAUUUCACUGAAUUCUUUGUCUUUUUUCUAUUUCGAUUUACACGGCAACAUUAACAAGUUAGCCACGCGGUUUAGGGUAAGGGUAGAAUCCCGAGUUCCUUGGAAAAAGCUCCUUAUCGCGAACUUUGUGAUAUUCAGCAAACGAAUUACUUAAUCUCUUCCCCAUGAAUU